AUGUUCUUACUGUGCAACGCACUCUCGUCCCUGUUCCCGGACGACGUGGCUUACCCCAACUCAACUGCAUACAUCGCAGAAAACACGUACUGGUCGAACAGACAGGGCGAAGUCAGCCCAGCAUGCAUUGUCACACCCAGGUCUACGGCCAACGUGAGUGCCAUCAUCAAGUCCCUGACCGAGCUUCAGGCGCCUUUCACCGUGAAGGCUGGCGGGCACAGUGCUUUCGCCGGUGGCUCCAACAUUGAUCAGGGGACGGUCUCGGUUGGGUCCGGGAGUCGAUGGAUUCAAGUGACCGAGGUCCUCGAUCCGCUGGGCCUGGGGGUGGUCGGCGGUCGGGUUGCCGACGUCGGGGUUGCCGGCCUCCUCCUUGGAGGCGGUAUAUCGUACUUCUCUGGGUUCCGAGGCUGGGCCUGUGACAACGUGCAGAACUACGAGGUCGUCCUGUCCUCUGGUGAGAUAGUUAACGCGGCCCCCAACGAGAACAAGGACCUGUUCUGGGCGCUUCGGGGCGGCGGCGGGUCUAACUUCGGCAUCGUGACCCGCUUCGACCUCGACGUAUUCCCACAGGGCGACAUCUGGUCCAGCACUGCUAUUUAUCCUGGUGCCCUAAACACCACCUUGAUACCGCUCUUUAAAAACCUCACGACGAAUGGGCUCCCGGAGGAUCCGCAGGCGCACACUUACUUCAUCAUGACUUACUCCCCAGAGCUGGGCGGGCACGUUGCGGCCGCCAGUCUUUAUCACGCGAAACCCCCUGAGGCCAGUACGACACCGGCGAUAUUCGCCCCGCUCAAGUCUGCCCCUGGGAUUUUAUCGGAUACAGUUACUGUAGAGAACGUCUCUACAGCGCUCCGUGCGAUCGACCAGCCGUACGGGGACCGCCAGACAUGGUGGGACACGUCUGUGUUGGUCACGGAAUCGGACCUGUUGACGGACGUCGUGCCUCUUUGGGAAGAGGUAGUCUCUACCUUCCUAUCAGCCGCUGCUGAGAGCCCCGGACCCAACGGCACAGCUUCGAUGGUAACACCAUACCUUGUGUUCCAGCCCAUACCCCUGAAUAUCCUCACAGCAAUGCAAAAGAACGGCGGAAACGCGCUGGGUCUGAGGCCGAGCGACGGGCCGUUGAUGCUGGUGCAACUCACUGUUAUCUGGGACGAUGCGAAUCUGGAUGAGCUGAUUGAGGGUGAGCUAAGCCAGUUGAUCGAAAAGGUCGAGGCUAUGGCAGCAGAGAGAGGCGAGUUGAAGGGUUUUGUGUAUAUGAACUAUGCGGGCAGCACCCAGCAGGUCUUGAAGAGAUAUGGACCGGAAAGCUUUGAGAGGUUGAAGGAUGUGGCGAGUCAAUACGACCCUGAGGGGCUACUACAGAACUUAUGGAAAGGAUAUUUCCAGCUAGGUGGGGUGGAGUAG